AUGUCUGAUCAACAAGCUCUUCAAAUAUUAAUGACAUCUCCAGUCACUCAAGAUAUAUUAUCUCAUAUAGUGAAUGUUACUUUAAAAGUUAUUCAAUGCAAAAAAUCAAAAUCUAUUUAUCCUUCACCACCAUCAAGUCCAAAUCAAAAAUCAAAACAAUUACCUUCAUUAAUGACUUUCAUCUCUCGUCUUGUUAGAUAUACAAAUGUUUAUACUGGUACUCUACUUACAACUUUGGUUUAUUUGGAAAGAUUAAGAGCUAAAUUACCAAAAAAUGCUGAAGGUUUACCAUGUACUCUUCAUAGAAUUUUUUUAGCAUGUUUAAUUUUAUCAUCAAAAUUUCAUAAUGAUAGUUCACCUAAAAAUCAUCAUUGGGCUAAAUAUACUGAUGGUUUAUUCAAAUCUGAAGAUGUUAAUUUAAUGGAACGUCAAUUACUUUCAUUAUUAGAUUGGGAUUUAUCUGUUACAAAUGAUGAUUUAAUUCAAACUUUGAAAAGAUUUAUUGAUCCAAUAAAGAAUGAUUUAAGAAGAACAUCAAAAGUUCGUCGUCAUAUGAUUAAACAAAAACAAUCACAACAAAUUUCAACUUCAACUUCAUCAUCAUCAUUAUCUUCAUCUUCAUCUUCAUCUUCAAUUCAAAAUUUAACUUUACAAAAAGAUCAACAACAUUAUAGAAGUAUGUCUGCUUCUUCAAUUUCAUCAUUGUCAUCUUGUUCAUCAAUUGAUUCUUCACCAGAAAAUGAAAUGAAUUUAUCCACAGAAAUCAAUCAUUCUUACAUUCCAUAUCAUUCAUCUAAAGAUUUAUCAUCAUAUAAUCAACAACCUCAAUUAUCUAAUGAAUUGAAUGAGUUCAACUAUAUGAUACCGAGUUAUCUACAUUAA